CAACGACGAUAUUAGAUAUUAGCGAUACAGACCUCGACCUCGACUACGAUAUAUAACAAUGCCUUUCAUGAUAAAAACAGGCUUCAGAGUUUUUGGAGCAGUGGUGGCUGCCUACAGUGUAUACCAGUCCACUCAUAUAUGUAAAAGUAUGUUGGACCAAUACCCUCCACAUACACCAUCACCGACAUCGCAUCUCUGGGUACCUAAUAAACAAGACACGAGCAGGCCGACAUACGUACCCGCAGACUCUCCUGUCACAUACUACGCUCGCGUGCCGGCCAGUUUGUUCCCCCAGCCAUUCAGCCUCGAAGAAGCGAGAAAGAUAUGGGCAGAUACGCUCUUGCACGGUCGCUUGAUAAGUCUCGAAGCCAGAGUAAUUGGGUGGAUAAACGGCGCCAAAGAGGAAGCAGAGAUGAAGCCAGGAGCCAAGUUGGUUGGGGGAGUGAUGGAGGUCGUACAGCCGCCCAGCUCGACAUCACAGCUGACCACGCGUUGGGCUAUUCCUGAGGGAAGCAUCAAAUUUUUCGAGACCGUCGCCAGAUAUGGGUAUCCAUGGCGGCUGAUGGAAGGCGGGAGACAUGACAUGCCCGUAGAAAGAGAUGGCAAUGAUGUUCUUGUUGGGUUCUCGAGCGCGCAUGACUACGCCGUGCUCGAUGGUGACAACAAGGUCCUCCCCAGAUGGGUGGAGUGGGCACAUCGCAUGUUUGCGAGAUUUAUAUUAGACGAUGGCGUGAAGGAGCUGCAGAGGAGAGCCAACUUGAAAGGAGGUGAAACGAAUGUAAAGGAGCACUGAAAAGGAUUGCACGGAAUUUCUAGUAUUCCAGCAGAUUUACUGUGAUAGUACCAUAUGGCGUUGUUUAAUUGUCCG